AUGUCUGUGGUUGCAGUUGGGGCGUGUUAUGUGGACACUAUCCUGACAACACCACAUUAUCCCGGGGAAGACGAGAAAUUGCGCGCCUCCAGCGUGACACGACGCCGUGGUGGAAAUUGUCCCAAUACCUUGGAGGUGUUGCAACAGUUGGCCCAGCAUGCCCCAUUAAACCAGUCACCGACAUUGAAUUUGAUUACUGUGCUGCCAGCGAAAUCUUCGGUUGCAUCGGAGCAAAUCAGAUCUGCCUUCGAGCCUCGAGUUCGGUUAGAUCACUGCAUUUACCGGGACCAGUUUACCGAGCCGGCAUCUAGCUACAUCAUCAAGAGCCAGUCUACGGGCAGCAGAACCAUUGUCAACUACAAUGAGCUUCCCGAAAUGACUGUGGAGGAGUUCUCGCGGAUUGCAGAUGACUUAGGCCCUCGAACAACUUGGUUCCAUUUUGAGGUGCGUGGCAUGAGCCAAGGCUUUCUGGGAUUACCGACUUGGAGAAGAAGCAAAAUAAAUUUCCGUGCUAACUGCUUCCAGGGCCGAGUACCAGAUGUGACCCUUGGCUGCAUUCAUUAUCUCCGACAACACUUUCCCAAUGCUCGUGUCAGUGUGGAGGUCGAGAAACCCGGUCGAGACGGUCUACAGGAGCUUGCUGGAGAGGCGGAUGUGGUUUUCUACUCAAAAGGCUGGGCCCUUGUGAGAAUACUAUCAUGCUUGCAAUUUUAG